AUGCGGCGGCGCUCGCGGAUGCUGCUGUGCUUCGCCCUGCUGUGGGUGCUGGGCAUCGCCUACUACAUGUACUCGGGGGGCGGCUCCGCGCUGGCCGCGGGCGGCGCGGGCAGGAAGGAGGACUGGAAUGAAAUCGACCCCAUUAAAAAGAAAGACCUUCACCACAUCAAUGGCGAGGAGAAAGCACAGAGCGCGGAGACCCUCCCUCCAGGGAAAGUGCGGUGGCCAGACUUCAACCAGGAGGCCUACGUGGGCGGGACGAUGGUGCGCUCUGGGCAGGACCCCUACGCCCGCAACAAGUUCAACCAGGUGGAGAGCGACAGGCUACGCAUGGACAGAGCCAUCCCAGACACGCGGCACGACCAGUGUCAGCGGAAGCAGUGGCGUGUGGACCUGCCAGCCACUAGCGUGGUGAUCACGUUCCACAACGAAGCCAGGUCGGCCCUGCUGAGGACCGUGGUCAGUGUGCUUAAGAGAAGCCCUCCGCACCUCAUCAAAGAGAUCAUCCUGGUCGACGACUACAGCAAUGACCCUGAGGACGGGGCCCUCUUGGGGAAGAUCGAGAAAGUGCGGGUCCUCAGGAACGAUCGGCGGGAAGGCCUGAUGCGCUCCAGGGUCCGGGGUGCCGAUGCUGCCCAGGCCAAGGUCCUGACCUUCCUGGACAGCCACUGCGAGUGUAACGAGCACUGGCUGGAGCCGCUGCUGGAGCGGGUGGCUGAGGACAGGACCCGGGUCGUCUCACCUAUCAUCGAUGUCAUUAACAUGGAUAAUUUCCAGUACGUGGGGGCCUCCGCAGACCUGAAGGGCGGCUUUGAUUGGAACCUGGUGUUCAAGUGGGAUUACAUGACACCGGAGCAGAGAAGGUCCCGGCAGGGGAACCCAGUUGCCCCCAUAAAGACCCCCAUGAUUGCUGGUGGGCUGUUUGUGAUGGACAAGCUCUACUUUGAAGAGCUGGGGAAGUAUGACAUGAUGAUGGACGUGUGGGGCGGAGAGAACCUGGAGAUCUCCUUCCGCGUGUGGCAGUGUGGCGGCAGCCUGGAGAUCAUCCCCUGCAGUCGCGUGGGACAUGUGUUCCGGAAGCAGCACCCUUACACCUUCCCAGGCGGCAGUGGCACUGUCUUUGCCCGCAACACCCGCCGGGCGGCCGAGGUCUGGAUGGACGAGUACAAGAACUUCUACUAUGCAGCAGUGCCUUCUGCCAGGAACGUCCCCUAUGGCAAUAUCCAGAGCAGACUGGAGCUCAGGAACAAACUGAACUGCAGACCCUUCAAGUGGUACCUCGAAAACGUCUACCCAGAGCUGAGGGUCCCAGACCACCAGGACAUAGCUUUUGGGGCUUUGCAGCAGGGAACCAACUGCCUUGACACUUUGGGACAUUUUGCUGAUGGCGUCGUUGGAAUUUAUGAGUGUCACAAUGCUGGGGGAAAUCAGGAGUGGGCCUUGACGAAGGAGAAGUCGGUGAAACACAUGGACCUCUGCCUCACCGUGGUGGACCGGGCACCCGGCUCGCUCAUCAAGCUGCAGGGCUGCCGAGAGAAUGACAGCAGACAGAAGUGGGAGCAGAUCGAGGGCAAUUCCAAGCUACGGCACGUAGGCAGCAAUCUGUGCCUGGACAGCCGCACAGCCAAGAACGGGGGCCUGAGCGUGGAGGUGUGCGGCCCGGCCCUCUCGCAGCAGUGGAAGUUCUCGCUCAACCUGCAGCCGUAGGGCCAGCGCUGCCAUCCUGCCUCCUGCACCACCGGCCAAGUUUGGUGAUCACAUUAUUGAUUAUGUUUCUUAAACUUUCCACGAAACUAUAUACCUCAGUAUUCCAUCAUGGUCUGAAAGUCGGAGGACCCAGCAAGGUGUGGGCCGUGCCCACGUGGCAGCAGGAAAGGAGAGCUGUGUCCCCCGGGGCCAGCCGCCCACUCCCGCCCAACGUGCUCCCCACUUGCUGGGCAGCUGAGGAAAACAGCUGAGGCUGAGGACAGGAGGAGCAGUUGAUUGGUGUGCUCUCUGAGGACAGGAAGGGAGGGUGCAAUGCGCGGGGAGGACUCUGCGUUGGCACCUGUCCCACCGGCCGCAUGGUGUCCGCAGAGCCGACUCCAGCGGCAGGCUUUGUGGCCGUGCCCACCCCGCCUCCCUUCUUCACUGACGUGCUUGCUGUAUCUGAACAUGAACUUUCCGUGGUGGGACACUAAAUAUAACAUACAUGAGAAAGAGUGUGCGGCCGGCUCCCUGUAGUCUCCCUGGGUCGUCAUCUGGUCACCCACAGGAGGGCCGACGCUCCUGGAAGGAGCAGGUGGCCGCCUUUGUCCCCUGGAACUUCAUCAGCUCAUAGGUGCUCUGGUGGCCCACGGAGCUCCCAGUUCCUAUCCUAGGGCCCCUCGGGUGGCCUCCAGUUGGGGACUCAGCGUGUUGGGAACCUGCUUUUCAUCUGUCGGUGUCUGUGAAUCUGGACAGGUUACUUAUUUUGGCAAGUAUGCUUUGGGUUUUUUUAAUUAAAUUUUUUUUUUCUUUAA